AUGGUGGAGUUUAGUUUGUUGUUCGGACCAGACAGUGGAGAUCAAACUCGCCAAUUUAUUAGGGAAGGUUUAGAGCUGUUUUCAGAGGUUUCGAGCUUCGGUGCUCACGAACCGUUCAUUGAUUAUCUGGAAUUGUCGCACAACGUGAGUCAGUUCAUGGAAACGCUCGUGUUUCCAUGCAGGACUCUGGUGCAGUUAUACGGAGUUCUGAUUUCGGUUGCAAGAUACCAUCCGAAGGCAGACGAGGAAAUAAUUGCCCAGAUGCUGCGUGGGUUUGGACGAGCUGGCUUAUUUUCGGAAGACAGCGUCGAACUUCUGCAGGCACGGCUGCUAUUGCUUGAAUUCUACUCGUACUCCAUGAAGAUCGAGGCUGCUUGGACUUUGUUGUUCAACAUUGUUUGUUCCGCGUACGGUCUGGGUUGCCAUGUUGUUCGGCCAGGAAAACACUGUUUGCACCGGCUGGAUAUCAUCUGGCGGACGACCGCUUACUACGACUGUUUGAUUGGUUCGACGAUCGGCCGUCCGAAUGCGAUCUCGUGUACCCGCGUCCCGGCUAGGUAUAUUCUCUGCGAGCUUGUGGAGAUCUUCCAAGACACAAAUCUUGCAUUCCAGGAGUUCGGAAAGAACGAGACGCUGUACCAGGACCACAUUUUGCGGCUGGACAGUUAUAUUACCAGGGUCUUGGACAGAGAGGAGAAAGAUCCGACGAUAUUAUACAGAAACUACCGGCUGCUACUGCUUAGUAACCAGAUUAAGCUCCAUUACGCGUUUGUCCGCACGCACCGUUUCUCGCAGUUCCAAAUUAACAAUGUUCUGUCACGGUUCUUCGAAGAGCUAGUGGAAUUUAUCGACUCUGCUUCCAAAUCUGCUCCUCGGCCCUUCAUCAAAUUUAGAGAAUCUUUCCCCUUUGUUUCAUGCUACUCUUUCCAGACUCUGGCCAUAGUUCUUGCAUGUAUCAAGAAGAACAUGCACGUUUUGGAACCGAAGGUUCUGGAGGGCUUGCGCGAGUUUAAUGAGAGACUUAAGCCGUAUGCCAAUUUUUUGGCUACCGACCAUUGCCUCAACGAAACUCUCGAUGUCGUGAUCGAUCUAAUCAAGUCGGACGGCGAUCUACAUCCUCCGACACUUCCCAUCGAGUCGGACCUCUCGUAUAUCCGUGAUGACCCAUUUUUCUACCAGAUGUACUACAAUCACCAGCAAUGA